CAUCAUUAUUAUAGGCCGACAGGCAGGCUCUGUGCGCACUGCCCUUUAAGAUGCGUCUGUAAUCUGGCCGUUAAUGGAAAGUCAUUCCUGCUGUUUUCUGCGGUGCAGGCAGGAGAUCUGCUCCAGCUGGCCUCGGGAAGGAGACAGGAAAAAAAACAACCGACCGACACGACCGUGGCGCAUUUUGUGUCGGCCCACAAACCCAGGAAGGAAGGGAAGAGGACGGGCCCCGCCGAGGGAGACGGAAAUGAGAGGGGGGUGUCCAAAGAGGAAACCCUAUCCCUUUAAGAGCAAGUGGGACAUAGCGGUGCGAGAAAAGGAGAGGAGGGGGAGAAGAAAGAGGAAUUAAAAAAGAAAAGGAAGAAAGAGACAGGGAGGGAGGAGGGAGAGCGGGCGAUAAAAAAAGAAAGAUGACAUCCUCGCAGCUGAACGGCCGAGGUGGAGCGAUAGGCUGCGGCCCGGCGAGAGCGCCGCUCGCCGGGGUCAGGGCUUGAAUCCAACAACGAGGCUUCGACAAACACCCGAUUGGCCUAUUGGGGGAAAUCGGAAAAAUAGAUUCAUAAAUUAAAAAACAAAGCAUGAGUUGCUGUGCUGCCAGAUACGUGUGUUAUAACUCAUAUUUUUCAUGUUCUCUUGCGUACAAAUGCAUUUAUUUCCCGUAGAGUGGUUUGUGUUUAUUGCGAAAGUGUGAUAGUGUAAAAUGCGCUUUUUGGUGGGCUUUGAGAGCACUUUGGUUGUGUGAUGUGGCGUUUUAGUGAAGGUUGGUGUUUGGUGAAUGAAAGUUAGACACCAAAGUGAGAAGAGAAGCAGGCCAUUAUAGGAGCUGGCCUGCUCCACUCCUGCCUGUGUGCUGCAGCCUGCGUUAGUCAACAGCUGCGUGCAUUUUAAUUGACAGCAUUAGGCUACCUCAAUGAGAAAAACAUAUUUUUGCGGACGACUUUAUUCACGUUUCGCAAGAAAAUCCAGGAGCCCGGCGUCUCUGCUGCAGGACAGGCGACUGUUUGCGCCUCGAUCACCGGUGGGCCGAUCAAAACCAUGCAAAGGCUGCCCUCCUCGAUCUCAAUCAGGAGCUGACGUUAUAAUCUCCAUCGCUGUGGCGCAAAAUGGAUGCUGCUUGGAGCAAUUUUCUCUUCCAGAAUACUCCCACCCAAAACCAAGUGGAGGGGAGCCUCCAAUCAGAGCUCAUGCCCGUGCAUACGAGUUCUCCCCAAACCCCACCCACAGAGCACAUAGCACAGCCUCCUUCGACUGUGGACACUGCUGCUCUCAGUGAGGAACCCCUGCCUGGUGAGGGACACUGCACUGCAUCCUACACCUGUGGAGCUGACAAGAGUAAAUACACAACACUCUACUCUCAUGGGGAGGAUUCAGUGAAGCCAGUGUCUCGGCCGCCCCGCGUGCCCCACAUCUGUGCCAUCUGCAACAAGCAGUUCAAGAACAACUACAACCUGCGGCGGCACCAGUCGGUCCACACUGGGGUACGCAUGAAGGACAGGGCCAGAGAGCAGGCGGAGGGGGCAAAGGAGGGAGCAGCCGGCCAGGUUGCGGUGGCGGUGGCGGCCCCGUCGGCGAUGGCGGUGGGGGCCGGAGGGAGGGCGGAGAGGCCCACUGUUCCCCUCUCCCUGCUACACCUCUCCGCACCUCCCACUCUCGCCCCUCCCGGCGUGCUGGCGGGGGCCCAGCAGCCUCCCCUGGGUAGUCAGGAUGGUGAAGGGGUUGCCAUGGCUAACGUAAUGGCUAGUGUUAACCCCCAUGCUCCGCCUCCUGCUGCUGUCGUCAUGGCCACAGGGGCGACAGUACAGCGGCCUGCAAAUCCCAACCCGAACCCGGUGAGGAAGAACCACGCCUGCGAGACCUGUGGCAAGGCGUUCCGCGACGUCUACCACCUCAACCGCCACCGCCUGUCUCACUCAGACGAAAAGCCGUUUUCCUGUCCAAUCUGCCAGCAGCGCUUUAAGAGGAAGGACCGCAUGAGCCACCACGUGCGCUCCCACCAGGGUGGUGUGGAAAAACCCUAUGUCUGCCCCCACUGUGGCAAGGCUUUCUCCAGGCCGGACCAUCUAAACAGUCACGUCAGACAGGUGCACUCCUCAGAGCGACCCUUUAAAUGCCCGACCUGUGAGUCCAGCUUUGCCACGAAGGAUCGUUUGCGUGCACACAUGAUUCGCCACGAGGAGAAAGUCCCCUGCCACAUCUGUGGCAAGCUCCUGUCUGCCGCUUACAUCACAGAUCACAUGAGGGUGCACAACCAGUCACAGCACCACGCCUGCCAUCUCUGCAACCGCAGUUUCACCACACUGACAUACCUUCGUGUCCAUGCCCAGAAGCACCAUGGCCAGGAGUGGAAGGACAGUCCGGGCGGAUUCGGUGGCACAGCCUCAGGCGGCAUACUCGUCUGCCACUUGUGCGGCGUCCACUGCAAGACACCCACUCAGCUCCAGGGUCACAUGGGCACCCAUAGCAACAACCAGGGUGCCCCGAGCCCCAUCACCUCUAAUGUGGCUGCCAGCAGCUCUGUCUCCCUUAGCAACAUGGUGACAGCGCCUACUGUGUAUGUCACUGGCAACACGGUGGUGGACCUGCUCGUCACAGACUGCUCUAGCAUCGCAGCACCACAGUCCCACAGUUAGCAGUAGAGAGCGCGGCAAUAAUAACCUCAGUCCCUUAACAGAGGGCAAGGUUAGAGAAGGUCAAAGUUACGCGUAGAUGCUGAUCCGGUUUCAGUUUUGUAAUGUCCCCACUUAUAGGUAAGGUUAGGAUUAAAAGGUGGGGAGAGAUUAACUCCAGUCAGCAUUCAAGGGCAGUAUCACCUCAGAGCUGCAGAGCUGGAGCAUCGGAGAAAAGGAAGCUGUAUUAAUAGAGCAAUGAAGUCAUGGAAAGAGGAACCUUUGUGGCUGCAGCGGCUUCAUUGACACUAACGACAAACAUGGAUGUGCUGCCCAAAUAUUCCCGAGUGCUCUCGUGCAUUGAGGACUCCAGUGAAACUGUGGUAUUGUGAGCAUCUACUGUAUUACUGUCCCCUCUCUGCCCUCUCUCUCUGUCCCUCCCCUCAACCCUGGCAUUGGCUGCUCUCUGCAAGUGCACCAAGUACUGUAUAUCUCUCACCAGCUCUGAUCUUACCUCCAUUUUGCAGCUCACUUACUAAGAAUCCAAAUGGCUUGCGUUAAGAAGUAGUAGGCAGAAAAUAGCUCAUAGAAAACGUAACGAAGAAACACUUUAGAGGGGAAGUUGUGUGUUUUGGGUGUGCGCGUAAGUCAGGGCUCUGCUAGCAUGUUAGCUUGUUUGUUGACAAAACUAAAAUCAACAUUUGAUUUUUGCAAAGCUGUAAUGCCAGUUUAUUAAAGGGUAGCUUUGGUAUUUUUUUUUUCUUACCUGGACCCUUUUUCCCCACGUUUUUGUGUCUAACUAACUAAUAGGAACAACAAUUCUUGAAACUGGUCCAGUAUUAAGCAAGAGCGCUGCAGCUGGCAACAGCAACAGGCUGCAGUGUAAUGUUAAGGGCAAUUGUGCACCGUCAAUCUACAUCAACUAAAAGUGUUUGUUUUUGCCACUGACAGGCUCAGAUUAAUAUUAUAAGUGUCUGACACCAUUAUGGAAAGUACCCCGACAGAGAUAGGCCUUUUUGUUUAACCAGAAACAGCCCUGAAAUCGCUAUCACCAAACCCACCAGACUCAAUUUAAAUAAACAGUAAUUUUAUUAUUGUAAAACACUCUUCAUUCUAAGGUGACAGAAACAAAAUUAACUCAUAAAAGCCAUCUUGGUUCAUCUUUCCACUGUUCCAACAAUCAACAGCUCUGGUUUGGUUGAAAUCAAACCUUAAUUCACCCAGUUAGAUGUGAAUAUAUGCUGGAUCUAUACAGGCUAAAAUUACUGUUUAUUUAAAUGGAGUCUGGUGAGUUUGCCGAUAGCGAUUUUGGGGCUAUUUCUGGUCAAACAAAAAUGAUCUUGUUCCUAAACAAAAACCUCUAUCUCUGCAGGGAUCCUUUCCACAAUGUACAAAUACAUGGGACACAGAUUGGGCGCAACACAUCUGCAGCAUGCCCACAGUAGAGGGCGUCCAUUAUAAUCAACUGAAGCUGCUACACUGACCACAGAAGCAGCGCUUGCCCAACGUUAUUUUAACGUAGCUCUUCUUUUUUUUCUGUACACAUGGCUCUGCAGCCCUCUAAAGGCGAGUACCUUGUGUUUAAAAUGAUAAAAUUGAAUAUGUCUGGGACAUCUGUGGCUUAGUGGAUAGAACAGGCACCCCGUGUACAAGGCUGUUGCCGCAGCGGCCCGGGUUCGACUCCAGCCUGUGGUCCUUUGCUGCAUGUCAUUCCCUCUCUCUCUCUCCCCCCUUCACGCCUAACUGCCCUGUUAAUUAAAGGCAAAAACACCCCAAAAAAUAUCUUUAAAAAAAAAAAAAAAAUUAAUACGUCAUUGUAGAGGUAGAGGUAAUGCGAAGCAGCAGAGCAACUACGUUGUUACGUUUCACAUUAAAUCAAUUAAAUCAGUGCAUUCUGUAGUUAAAAUAUUAAUUAAUUUAGCACCAGUUAAUGUAGCCAACGCUUCCAGACCCUCCAUAAUCAGCUGCAUCAUCACUCAUUGCAUAUCAGUGUGCACACAGAGAAGCUAACAGCAACCCACAUGCUACAAAGACCGUCUGUGUAGCAGGUAAAAAAUCCAGCUCAAUCUUCCUGGUGUGUCGCCAUUAUAAUAAUAAUCUGAGCCUGUCAGUGGCAAAAACAAGCACUUGUAGUUGUCAAUUGAUGGCGCACAAAUGCCCCAAUCGGUUACGUUGCAGCCCAUGUCAUGGCUUGCUUAAUACUGGACCAAUUUCAAAAAUGCUAUUUCCUGUUUGUCACUUGGCCACAAAAACAUGGGACAACAGGGUCCAGCUUGAAAAAUACCAAAGUUGCCCUUUAAGUCUCCAGAGGGCUGUUUAUUGAUCAGGACAGAAGGCCAUACGUGUUGUGGUUGGUAUGGAAUCGUGGGAUGUACUUGUUUAUUUGUUUCCUAAAGGUACAGAGAUAAGAAAAAAGUUGUGUUCAGGAGUGUCAAGCACCUUAAAUAGUUAUUGUUUGAUUCAGCGAGGAUCAAAAUGGGUUUGAGAUUUCUUGGAUUUUCUUGCUCUGAGUCUUCCUCUCUGAGUCUGGCCAUCAAAAAAAAAAAAAAAAAAAAGAGAAAGAAACUGCUAAUCAACACUUCAGCUUCUGACAUGGCAAUUCUUGCACCAGAAAACUACCUUUUUGCAUGAAAGUAAGCUAGCUCAGUCAUGCUUAUCGUUAGGGAGCUGUCAUGACAAAAGAAACCUUUUUAGCAGUUCCACCGAAUUAGUUGGCUGUAAACAAUAAUACUUAUAAAAGUGUUGAUUUUACUCAGAACAUUUUAACAUCGUCGGCCAUUCAUUUGAUUGUAACUGUCAUUGCCAUAGUCCUUUUUUGUUUUCUGUAUGUACCAGUCCAAUGAGUGAAACUUAUGCAUUAGAUUUAGUCAUUUAACUCUGUAUAGCACAUAAUGCUCCGAACGCAAGUCAUUAUCGUUCUACAUUAAUCACGUGAGGAAUGGUCACUUGUCUGUUGGAUAUCUUUGGUUGCUUUGAGUUUUCUUGUGAGUGGCGUGGUGUCGAGAAAGGGCUUAUAAAGUCAUAAGUACAAUGGGAGAUUGACAACACCACUUGGUAUGCUGUAAACAAAUCCUGGUUUUGUACUGGAGUGCUUUUUCAGUUUUGUGUUAAUAUGUUACCUUGGAAUUUGUAGAGUUGUUUCUUUCUUCCUUUUUCUUUUUCUUUGGAAAUGUGUUCUUCCUGUUGAGAAAAGUAGUGAUUUAUUAAAAAAAAGUUAAUUUUAGGUUUUCUCCAUCACACUAAGAAAAAAAAUAAUACCUCUACUCUAGGAUUCUGUACAGCUCUUGUGAUACAUCUUAAUGCCUUAUCGUACUCAACUGCAUUUUAAUUCUUUUAUGAUGAAAUAUUUCAAAUCUUAGUCAUGGAUUCAUUAAGAAUAUUAAUGGGAUGUAUUUAUAUUUAUAUUUUUAUAUUUCUCAACAGUAUGCAUGUCUAAAAGGUUGUUAGAGCAAAAAAAAAAAACAAUGAUGCUUAAUACAGUCAUAAAUAUUAUGUUAUUUUGUAGAUGAAGUAGAGAUCAUGUUAUUAUUUUGUAAUUUGGACAAUUUAAAGUAAAAAGAGUAAACAGG